AUGGACGCGUGGAUAACAUCACAACCGGGACAGAUCUCCGAUGAAAAUGUACAGGCAAUCACCGCGAGGGCCUGGACAUGGCUGAGCGAGCGGCAGAGGGAGAGAAUAGAGGCGCAGGUUGGGAACAUGCCAGACGGCGAAGAGGACCUGACAGAAUCGGACUGGAGUUUCAGCGAUCUUCUGCAUGAUGAGCAGGAUGUAGUCAUGGAUUCAAUCGAAGAGGUUGAACCUGAGGACAUGGUACCUGCGGGAUAA